CGGCCCCAGUGCCACACUCGACGCCCGUUCCUCCUCAGGCGCACACUUUGUCCAAGAGAGCAGUCAUGAAGGCCGUUUGUAUCGUGGCUUUGGUCGCCGCGCUGUGCGUCGCUCCCUUCCGAGCUGAACGGCCUCCGCCCGGAGUGCUGCGUCCUCUGCCCCGCCCCGGCUAUGAGGGCGUGCGCACUCUGCCGGCUCUUCUGCCUGACGAUGUGAGGCAGACCAGACCUUCUGUUCGACCUGACGUCCCUUCCUUCCAGCGACCUCAGAUCCAGCCCCGACACCCGUCCUUUCAGACAAAGCCUCUCCCCCGUCCGGUGGGAGUCCAAACACUGCCAGCAGUUCUGCCAGAGGAUCUCAAGCAGACAAGACCCUUUGCUCGUCCAGCAGGAGUAAACACACUUCCUGCUGACCUUCCUGAAGAUCUUCAACAGACAAGACCCUUUGUCCGCCCCGACGUCCCUUCCUUUCAGCGACCUCAGAUCCAGCCCCAACACCCGUCCUUUCAGACAAAGCCUCUCCCUCGUCCGGUGGAAGUCCAAACACUACCAGCAGUUCUGCCAGAGGAUCUCAAGCAGACAAGACCCUUUGCUCGUCCAGCAGGAGUAAACACACUUCCUGCUGACCUUCCUGAGGAACUUCAAGGCUCAAGGAAGCAGACAAGACCUUUUGUCCGCCCCGACGUCCCUUCCUUCCAGCGACCUCAGAUCCAGCCCCGACACCCGUCCUUUCAGACAAAGCCUCUCCCCCGUCCGGUGGAAGUCCAAACACUACCAGCAGUUCUGCCAGAGGAUCUCAAGCAGACAAGACCCUUUGCUCGUCCAGCAGGAGUAAACAUACUUCCUGCUGACCUUCCUGAGGAACUUCAACAGACAAGACCUUUUGUCCGCCCCGACGUCCCUUCCUUCCAGCGACCUCAGAUCCAGCCCCGACACCCGUCCUUUCAGACAAAGCCUCUCCCCCGUCCGGUGGGAGUCCAAACACUGCCAGCAGUUCUGCCAGAGGAUUUCAAGCAGACAAGACCCUUUGCUCGUCCAGCAGGAGUAAACACACUUCCUGCUGACCUUCCUGAGGAUCUUCAACAGACAAGACCCUUUGUCCGCCCCGACGUCCCUUCCUUCCAGCGACCUCAGAUCCAGCCACACCCAUCUUUCAUCAAGCAAACGAAGCCUCUGCCUCGUCCGCUAGAGCUACCGGGGGAUCUCAAGCAGACAAGGCCCUUUGCUCGUCCUGCAGUCCCAUCCUUCCAGCGCCCUAAUCCUCGGUCUCUCUCUGUGCCCCAGGGCGAAGCCGAGAUCUGCCACAGCUGCGAGCGCCUGCCCUUCGUUCGCCGAGGAGCCUGUUGCAGGCGGUGGAACCUCUGCUGUUGAGGGACUUCGUGGCUGCAGAUCGACAGAGGACAUCCUGUGACUCUCAUUAUUGCCAAUAUGGAUGACUGUUUGGCUUUUACAUUUCUUGAUUUGGUGGAUAAUGUUAGUGUGACUAGCCACAAAUUAUGUAAAAUAAACAGAAUGUGUCUUUUCAGUAAUAUAUAUUUGUGUGUGUGUGACGGCAAACAUUUAGGAAUAUGCUACAUGAUUUUUUUCAACAUUACACAACAAAUAGAAUAUUCAAAAAUCUUA